AUGGUUAGGCGAUGGGCUAAGGCAAGAUGGAAAUUAAAGGGAAGCGUGGAUAUCUCGACUAUGCCAGGAGGUCUCUUCCUUUUCAAGUUUACUACAAAGGAAGACCUGACAUUUGUCCUCUCAGGCUCUUGGGCCUAUGGAAAACAUAUUCUAACUCUUGCUAAAUGGAAUCCUGGGUUUGACCCCUCAGUUCAACUCAAUCGCAUGGCUCCUGUUUGGGUUAGGUUCUCUAGCCUCCUGAGGGAAUUCUGGGAUGAACAGAUCUUCCGCUGGAUUGGGAACUUGUUCGGCAACUAUGUUACUGCAGACUCGGUCACUCUUGCUAAAUCCAAGUUGGUUUAUGCUCAUUUAUGUGUUAAUGUUGCUAUUAACAAAGUGCUUCCCAACUUUGUUUCUCUAAACUCAAAAUGGGGAAAAUGGUCCCAGGCCAUUGUCUAUGAAAAUGCUACCCUUUUUUGUCAGAAAUGUGCUAAACAAGGGCAUAUGUUUGCUGAGUGUAAGACCUCAACGACUGCAGAACCCAAGCUAAAAGAAAAGGCUAUUGUGGAUGAUCCCAUCAGCCCAAGUGCUCCCUCUUCUUCAGCCCCUUUGGGGCUUCCUAAUGUGUGUGAGAGCUCUGAUUAA